AAUGGUUUAUGUCCCAAGAGGCGAUUUUCCAUUGAGUCUUUGCUGGAGGAGGAAAAUCAAAGCAGACAUCCUUCUCAGGUACAAAGAAGCUGCACGUCUAAAACCUUGGUGCCAAUUCAGAUUGAGGUCACCAGUGAAGAGCAACCGAGAACUCAUACGGAAUUUUCCGACAGUGACCAAGAUGGAGUUGUGUCUGACCACAGUGACUACAUUCAUGUGGAAGGGUCAUCCUUUUGCAGUGAAAGUGACUUUGAUCACUUUUCUUUCACAUCUUCUGAAAGCUUUUAUGGAUCCAGCCACCAUCACCACCACCAUCACCACCACCACCAUCACCGGCACCUCAUCAGUUCCUGCAAAGGCAGAUGCCCUGCCUCCUACACUCGAUUUACCACAAUGUUGAAACAUGAAAGAGCAAAACAUGAAAAUCUUGAAGAACCCAGAAGGCAAGAAAUGGACCCUGGCCUUUCCAAACUUGCAUUUCUAGUCAGUCCUGUGCCUUUCCGGAGGAAAAAAAAUUCAACUCCC